GAGAUAUUGUAUUGGAAGUCUCCAGCCGAGGACUCUCUGUGUUUACAUCACAUCUUUGCGCUGACAAUUUCUCUUAUAUUGUGUGUCCGGCGCCCUCAGAGUCACGGCAGGCAAGAGGAGCAGGCUGGAGGGGAGGAUGGAUGGCAAUGAGCCUGACUGGUCCCUGCUUCCCGACAGUCUUUUACUACACAUCUUCACACACCUGGAGUUCAACGACACACCUGUGAUAGGCCUCGUUUGCAAGUCUUGGCUGAGAGUGAGUCGGGAUGAGUUUCUGUGGAAGCACUUUUUCUACAAGGACUUCCAGGUGGACCCCAGUGUUCCCAUCAUGCCAGGGAGGAGUUCCUGGUGGGGGGAGUACAGGCGGCUGGUGGAGGGCACGGCGGUGGUGGAGACGCAGGAGAUCUGUGAGCAUAACCACCAGGUCCUCCAUGUGUCCUUCUCUCACAAAGGGGACAUGUUUGCCACCUCCUCGAAGGACGGACACAUCAUCGUGUGGACAAGCAGUCACCCAGCACAGAUCAAGUAUUACAAGGACAUGAAGAUUCACUCCUGGAAGUACACACAGUUCUCGCAGUUCAACAGUUCUGACACUCUGCUGCUGGUGUCUGGUGUUCACUUUGGCACUUACAACAGCACCUCCGGAGAGAUUGCUGUCUUUGAUCUGGAGAGAGACUUUGAGCUGCAGUGUCGAGUGCUGAACAAACCUUACGACAUUUUUGGCACCUGGUACAAUGAUCAGUAUCUUCUGUCUGGCGACCUGCACUGGCUGGCGCACCUGGUAAGUCGCAGUGUAAUCUGGCUGAACAAGGCAAAUCAGGAGACCAGGUCAGAGCACGAUGCAAUCCUGGUCUGCCUCUACAAGUUCUACAACAGAAACGCCUCCAGUGUCCGCACCAUCCUUGUGUCCAACUGCCUGGCCCCGGACACCCCUAGCAGCCCCACGGAGGUCAAGGAGAGAGCCAAGGAGAGGAAGGUGGAGAAGGAGGUCCUGGAGAAGGGCAACCCCCCCUCCCACCGUGACCUGGGUGUCCUGCAGGCCCCUGUCCCCAGAGAGGAGGAGGACAAGGGGUUCCCUACAGUGAGCCAACCCCCGACCUACACUAACCCCAUAACCUACACCAGCGACUACAGGAAAGCCGAGACAGAGCCGGCCGAGGCAGGGGUACCUCGAUCAAAGGAGGAGGUGAUGCAGGACUGGGAGGAGGACCAUGAACCAGCCCCUCCCAUGUCCCUUGCUGAGGACUGUGACAAGUUCCUCAUCUUCACGACGGGCUCCAAGACUUACUCCCCACAUCAGAUUGGCUUCAAGAGGAUUAAGAAGUUCACAAUACCGACUGUGGUGGAGGUGGGGCCGUGUCUGAGGGAGAGAAUACAGCAGCGAGAGCACCAGAGAGAACUGAGGGAGCUGGGGCUGUACCAAGACCCAAACUGGUUGGAUUACGAUUCCGUGGCGGAGAGAUUUGACCACAUAGACCACCUGAUAGACCUUAACGGACACAUAAUAGGCAUGGGUCUCUCCCCGGACCAUAGGUACCUUUACGUCAACAGCCGGCCGUGGCAGGCUAACUGUGUGGUUGAGAGCCCCUUGAGUCCGCCACGCAUCGCUGAGGGGAUCGACCUGCAUGUUAUUGACCUCACUAACCUGACCGAGGUUGGCACAAUGUUACGCUCCCACAAGGCUUACACACCAAACGAUGAGUGCUUCUUUAUCUUCCUGGACGUGUCUCAUCAGUAUGUCGCAAGCGGUGCGGAGGACAAGCACGGCUACAUCUGGGAGAGGCACUAUGGGGUCUGCCUCUCCCGUCUCCCUCACAAGGAUGUGGUCAAUGCUGUAGCCUUCAACCCCAGGGACCCAGAGAUGCUCAUUACUGUGAGCGACGACCACACUAUCAAGAUCUGGCGGUCAAGGAGAAGAGCGAGAGCGUUAGGCAUCGACCCUAAUGAAGCCGGGAGGACAGCCAAGGAACUUAGGGUGAAACAUCCCAAACCGUCUCCGCCCCCUCCUGAGGAAACGUCCUUCUCCCUCUGACCCCGCAUCCUGCCCCCUCAGACCUCUUAGAAGCCACCUGUCCUUGCUCUUGUCCAGGCAAGGUAAGUGAGUCACUUCGCUGGAGAGGAGGAGAUAGGGGGACGUGUAGCUUGGUUGGGUGUGUGUCUGGCCAGCCUCACCCAACCUCACCCAACACAGCCUCCCAGAACCCACCAGUAAGACCCUCACUUGACUCACUGCCUUGCUUCCCUGAGUCUGGAGGAUCAGCACAACUAGUAGCAGUGUACAUAAAUCACGUGCUAUGUAGUCAACACCUGCUAGACGGAUUUCGCUCUCCUGAAAACGCUGUGAUACAUUAUUUGCCAUAGUGACUGAGCUGGAGAGAGUUUGGUAAGUGGUGUGGCAGAGGGAGAUGGCUGAUUGAUUGACGCUUGCUUGGAAUUAAUCAGGUUUUGCAUUUAUUUAUGUGAAGCAAGGUGUGACGAGCAGUGUUGUGAGAGUUGAGUGGAUUGAUGGAUUGCUGAAAGGAUUUGUUGGUUUAAAAAAUUGAUGGGCUGUCCUUGUCAUAUAACCAAGAAAGUGAGAAACAGAGAGAGAGGGAGAGAGAGAGAGAAGCAGUCAUUUUUUUCGUUUUCUAUUUUCACACACUCUUGAAUCACAAUUUGAAGUAACUCAGCUUAAUUUUCUUGCUCCAUUUAAUCCUCUAACCACAAGUGACAGGACUCUCACUUCACCUCACUUCAAGAGCCCCCUGAAUGACUUACCGUAGCAAGCUUUGAUAAGACUACAUUCACAAAGAGAAGAUUAUGAACUAAGGUAUACUCUAUUUUCUUCUUAUGGCUGUCUUUCUAAAUCACUCCUGGAAUUUAAACAUCAAUUUGUUAAGUUUGGGUGGACUGUCUGCUAACUCUCUCUUUAUCAAUGGCAUAUCUUAUUUUAUUUUUGAGCUUUCAUAGGCAAACAAUUUCUAGGGAAUUUUACUACAUAUUCAAUGGUGUGUUUUGGUGUCGGUCUAAACUGUACAAGACUUUACUAACAUGAAGAGGUGUAGGUGUCAAAAGAAAGGGUAAAUAGAACCCUUACUUGAUUUCAUGGCUGAGUUAUCAAGAGUGCUAGGGAUUUGAUGAGAUUGCAAGACAUGUCAGUAUUGGUGGGUGCAAGAUCUGUCAAUAUUACUGAUCAAGAACACUAAGAACAGAAAAAAAGACUGCAAGAACUCUGUUAAUAUUAGUUUUGUCUGACACAUUAAGCACAUAAUAAGACCACAAAAGACCUAAUAUCACUGCUUGGUUAUGUGAGACUGAUCAAGAGUGAUAACAUAGAAAGACUGCAAAAAGCCUGUUAAUAUGACUAGGUACUGGGAUGAUACAAGAGGCCUGUUUGUGUGUCACUGAGAAGAGGGGUGGUAUGUACUAUGUGCUAUGCUGUAGUUGCCAGGAGCUGUAGAGAGGAGGUUCCUGCUGGGGUGUGCUGCCGCUGGGGUGCAAGUAGGUGCCUGCAUACUGCACGUUGCUCUGUGGUGUUUGUUGGUGCUUGUAUAAGGUGGUGGUGGUGGUAGAGGCAGCAUGUGUGGAUGUGGUGAGGAUGUGGAGAAAGGCAGAGAGAAGGAAAUGAUUAUAGGUGUGAGAGAGAGAGAGUAAGAGUAUGAGUGACAGAGUGUAUUAGGGUGUGUAUAUCAGAAUGAGUGAGUGAGUGAGUAUAAAAGAAAAACAACCGUAAGUAGAAAAGAAAGAGUAAAGAUAAUUGCUAUGUAAGAGUGUGCUUGCUACCAAUCUAUGCCUUCAUUACCUCCAACACUACAAGCACCAAGCAAAACACUCACCACCACGUAAUGAAAAAGAGAAUCAGGCUGUUUUUAUUUGAUUAUUUUCUCUCUAUCAUGGAUGCUUCGCCAAAGAGCCUUAGCCUGAUGCAGACCAUACACAAAAUUGCAGCUUGAUUGCCAAAAUAUACAUAGAGAGUGGUGUAUAGUUGGCAAAUAUGCGUUGAUGCGAGAAUCUGUGUAUUUUGAGUUCGUGGAGGAAUCAUGGGAGUAUUUUUAUUUUCCUGGUGUUGUGUAUAUAUGUUGCUCUACUCUUUGAUGUGGGAUUAAGAGUAAUGAUUGAUUUACAACAUUUUUCUACUUAUUUAUUUAUUUUGACCAUGGUUGUCUUUUUUGUGCUUUUCUUUCUUUCAUGUACAAGAUUGAAGAGUGUGAAAUUUUGGUUCCAAUUUACUUUUUUUUCAUGGCAUUUGAUAACUUUUUAUUAUUUCCUGUACAGAAUUAAGUGUUGAAUUCUGUAAACUACACUAUUACUAUUAUUUAUUCAUUUAUUUAUUUUUUUUAUACAUGAGUGUCUGUUCCUGAUUCCUCUUUUCUCUCCCAUACAAUAUGAAAAGCUUGGCAUUCUAACGCUAAUUUACGUUUUUUUAAAUCUGUGUUUAUUAUUGAUUGCUCCUUUUCCUUCCCAUUAUUAAGAGAACAUUUAAUUCUAACUCCAAACUAUUUUUUUUCACAUGUCUGUUCUUCAUUGCUACUUUUUUGGGUGUACAGUAUAUAAAAGCAUUAAAUUCUAACCCCAAACUACUUUCCACACAUCUCUGAAUCCACUAAUCUGUAUUUCCCUAUGCAAAAUUGAGCUCUCUUUCAACACUACAUCAUUUUCCACACAUGUCUAUCGCUGUUAGCUCUGUUCUUUGCUGUACAAGACUGAGGAACAUUAAACUCCAUCAUCAAACUUAUUUUCACAUAGAUGUCUCAAAGUUCCUCUUCCUUGUUGAGAGUGAUCUGGCUCCAAGCUAUCUACUCUGUGGAUGUGUGUCACUCUUUGCUGUAUGGGAUAAAGGAGUGUUGAUUUCUCCUAUAGCUGGCCAGAAAGAUAGCCACUGUGUGUACUGGUAGGCUCUGUGGACCCCCUGGCUGUGAGGUCCCUAUAAAUGUAUUUUCUGCGCAGCAAUGAAUGUUUUACUUA